AUGGAGAGAAGGGCUUUGGCUUUGAAGACCAUGAUCAAGAAGCGUAGUCCUAAGACAGACAACCUGGACCCACGAAAGUGGGUGAGGCCAGAGACUAUGAGGGGCUUUGCAGACUUCAUGCUCCACAAACACUCGGACAAAGUGAAAGACAACAGCUUUGACAACAAAGAGAUGUUGCUUGAGGCAGAGAAGCAGUUUAUGGAAGCAGCAAAGAGGAAUGAUGUGGAAGCCAUGAAGAGGCUCAGAAAAGGCCUGAAUCCCAAUGCAAGGAAUGUGCACAAUAGGACUGCCCUUCACUUCGCAGUGGCGGGCAAAAACAUUGAGGCGGUUCAGCAUCUUCUGCAGCGCAGGGUCAAGGUGGAUCAAAAGGACAAGUAUGGCGUGGCACCCAUUCACCUAGCGGCCUGGUUUGGAAGUUUGGAAAUCCUGAAAUUAUUGGUGCAAGCUGGGGCUGAACAGAAGGUUGAAAACGAGGAGGGACUCAACAUAAUGCACUGUGCUGCCAUUAACAACCACACAGAAAUUUUGGAAUAUAUCAUUGAUGACCUGCAGAUGAAAGAACUGGACAAAGAUGACCAGUCAGGACACCAGCCGUUUGCACUGGCUGCAGAACACGGGUGCGUUGAAAUGUUGGAAAAACUGAUGGUACCCUAUAACAUGGCCACCAUGAAGCCAAAUAAGAGAGGGGACACGCCCCUCCACUUAGCUGCCAGGAACGGCCACUUGGACGCUGUCCAACUGCUGCUGCAGAGCUUUGGUACUCGGGAUGAAGUCAAUAUGGAUGAUGAGACAGCGUUGUAUCAGGCUGCAGACAGCGGCCAUGAGGAAUGUGUCCUGGCUCUGCUGGAGGCUGACUGCAACCCCAACAUCCUCACAGUGACCAAAUGCAGUGCUCUACACUCUGUGUCAGAGAGAGGAGACACUUCUCUGGUCAAACUCCUCUUACAGCACAAUGCCUACAUGGACCUUCAAAACCAGCACCUACAGACACCUCUCCACCUGGCAGUGAAAAACAGUCACAUUCCUGUCAUCCAUUAUCUUAUAGAGGCAGGCUGCAAUAUCAACAUUACAGAUAUGAGGUCCCAGACCAGCAUGCAUCUUGCUGCAGAGCUGGCCAGAGCUGACGUUGUAGAAAUGCUCCUUAAAUCUGAUAUGGACCUAACACUCCGAGACAGAGGUAAGACGGCUUUGGGUGUCGCAGCCAGAGCUAAUGAGGCGGUUAUUGUGGACAUGAUAAUCAAAGCAGAAAGAUAUUACGUCUGGAGAAAGGCCAACCCCGAGCUUAAUGAAAGUGUUCACAACGAGUAUCCACUUACCUUUAAACUUGACCAUCGCUCUGAGACCAAGCAACUCUGUUCGAUGGUGUGGCGCCUGGCAUACGAGCUGCUGAGAGCAGGAGACUGGAAGAGAUUGGCAGAACACUGGGGCUUCACUCAAGAGCAGGUGUCUGCCAUCGAGGAGCAGUGGACAGGUGAGCACAGCUAUAAAGAGCAUGGGAACAGGAUGCUGCUGAUCUGGAUCCACGGGGAGGAGCUGGCUCAGAGAUCUCCUGCUAAAGAACUGCACCAGGGCCUAAUUGUCACUGGGAACAGGAAAGCUGCAGAUAAGAUUCGGACAGAAGCAGAAAGUAGCAGA